AAUAAACCAAUUUACACCAACAAGUUCUAUACCAAUUUUAUUCUCGAAAAUCAACAAUGCUCUAUUUGGACUCAUCCCUAUUCAUUAUCAUUCUCCAAAGUUGAUGGUUUCAAUGGAUUAGCAGUCUCCCAUAUCACAAAUAACCAGAAAACCUUUUCAAAUGAUAACAUACCCCAUGAAUUUUUUAUUAAUCCAAUUGGAAUCAAAUCAAUUAUCUUUAGUUCGACCCAGUUUCGAAGUUUGCAAGACCCAAACCUAUUAAAUUUGAGCUUGAAUAGCUUGAAUCAUUCUUCUGUUAAUUUAAAUUUAUCUUUACCUUACAACUCAUAUAAUAGCAACGAAAAUGGAAAUAUCAACUUUCCAAUUGUUCAAGGUUUGGGUUUUAUAACUGGUAUUUAUAAUAAUUUAACUCCAUUGUUACAAUCAACUGUCGGUUUCAGAUCAAUCGAAAGAUUGGGGAAUUUAUCAAACAAUAUUCAAAAAUAUAAAAUUGUUCUAUUUAAUGACAUUGUUUGGUCAGUUUAUGUUUCAAAUUAUUCAAACCCGAAUUUCAAUUUAACUAAAAUAGAUAAUAACAAUAUUCAGUCAAAUGUAUUAUCCAAUUGCACAAUUCAAGUUGCUACAGGAUUUUCACAAUUCUACGAUCUAGCUGCUGGAUUGUUUGUAUAUCACACUGAAAUCUCAUCCGAGGUUAUUGAUGCAAAUUCCUCUGGCUCCCCCUCUUCAAAUUCAAGUGCUGUUUAUUCAUUUAAUUUUAAAACUGCAGGAUAUUCAUUGUCAAGCAAACCAAUAAUGUUUGCUCUACCUCACCAUUAUAAUAAUUUUUCAAAUUAUACAAAUAGUGGAAGAACAGAUAUUUAUCUAGAUUCAACCACCAAGGGUGUAAUGGCUGGUUACUUGAUUGAUAAAUUUGAGAUUGUUCACUACGAUUUACCAGUUAACAUCACAUUUUUCCCUGGUACCAGUUUAAAUUAUCAGGCAACAUAUAAUAAUAAUAGUCUAGGUCUAAUUAGAAAAGCCGCUGAAAUUGAAGUUAGUGAAGACGUGAUGAAUCUAUCCAAUUUAGACUCGAUGUAUUUUGCAGGUAAAAAAUUGGAUAAAUAUGCUUUGGUUUUGUAUUCAACAAUGUACAUUUUACAAGAUAGAGAAUUGACAUUGAGAUUAUUACCGAAAUUGAAAAAUGCGUUCAAUAGAUUUUCAAAAUUGAACAAUAUUCAACCAUUGAUUUACGAUAAUUCAUAUAAAGGAUUGAUUUCCAGAGCUGGUAUCAAUGGUGAUCCCAAUCUCGAUUUCGGAAAUUCAUACUAUAACGAUCAUCAUUUUCAUUACAGUUAUUUUAUACAUGCUGCGGCAAUUAUUGGUAAGGUCGAAUUAGACCUCAAUGAUGGAAGAGAAAGUGAAUUUUUAAAUGAAAAUAAAGAUUUUGUUGAUUUUUUAGUCAGAGAUGUUUGCAAUCCAAGUCCGGGAGAUAAUUAUUUCCCACAAUUCAGGUCAUUUGACUGGUUUAAUGGACACAGUUGGGCUAAGGGAUUAUUUGCAAGUGCCGAUGGUAAAGACGAGGAAUCCUCAUCAGAGGAUUAUCAUUGCUAUUAUUCGAUCAAAUUAUGGUCAAUUGUUGUUAAAAAUGAUAAAUUGGGAAGACUAAUGGAUUUGAUUUUAAGUGUAAUGAAAAAUUCAAUCACAUCUUACAUGUUGAUGGAUAAUGAUAAUAAGAUCCAGCCCAAAGAAUUCAUUGGAAAUAAAGUAACAGGAAUCUUUUUUGAAAAUAAAAUUCACCAUACAACAUACUUUGGGAAUAACCUAGAAUAUAUUCAGGGGAUCCAUAUGUUACCUAUCACACCAAUAUCAAGUUAUUUCCGAUCUCCAAAGUUUGUGAAAGAAGAAUGGGAGGAAAAGUUGUCAAGCCAUAUCGAUAAGGUUGACGGUGGAUGGAAAGGAAUACUAAUGUUGAAUACAGCAUUAUUUGAUCCAGGGUUAGCAUGGAACUUUUUUGGAAAAGAAAAUUUCAACUAUGGCUAUCUAGACGAUGGGAUGUCAUUAACCUGGAGUUUGGCAUUUGUCGCAGGCGUAGGAGGA